AUGGGUCUCGCAGUCACUGUCUUCUCCGCUAUCUUUUUAGCGACCGGAGGUUUCCUCUUCGGUUACGACUCUGGUAUCAUUACCUCGACCAUCGCUCUUGACACCUUCAAAGAGUACUUCAGCGAUCCUUCGGAUGAUGUCGUUGGUGGCAUCGUGUCUGCCUUUCAGGGUGGCGCGAUUGCAGGAACCAUUUUCAAUAUGCUGUUCGCGGACAUGCUAGGCCGUCGCUGGACUAUCUUCGUCGGGGCUGUCAUUUCUAUAUUGGGCAGUUCCCUUCAGGCAGGCGCUGUCAACAUGGCCAUGCUUAUCGUCGGUCGGUUUAUCGGUGGAGUCGCAGUCGGUCAGCUCACUUCGACCAUUCCUAUGUAUGCCGGUGAGCUUUCGGAGGCAAAGUAUCGUGGCACCCUUUCGGGUCUGCUACAGUGGAUGUUGAGUUGGGGCUUCUUUGUAGCCCAAUGGCUCGGAUAUGGCUGCUCCUUCAACAGCACCCAAUUUUCAUGGCGCUUUCCGCUUGCGUUCCAGAACGUCCCCGGCCUCAUCUUGCUGGCUGGCAUCUUCUUCCUCCAGGAAUCACCUCGAUGGCUCAUGGAAAAAGAUCGCCAUGAAGAUGCUAUGGCCUCGCUGAACAAGCUCCGCAAGGGCCACGACGCGGAGACUAUCGACCUCGAAUUCCGAGAGAUUCGGGACGUUAUCAUCGCGGAUCGGGCUCUGGGCAACAUUAGCUGGACCUCGAUCAUCACUAAGACCUCAUGGCGUAAGCGUCUCUUGCUCGGUUGCGGUGUGCAAGCAUUUGGACCUCUAUCCGGAAUCAACGUUAUUAACUACUACGGCCCACGUAUCUACGAGAUCCUGGGAAUAUCGACACAAGAAUCGCUCAUGAUCAUCGGUAUCAGCGGUGCGCUUUCGAUCGUCUGGUGUACCAUUGGACUUGCGCUAGUCGACAAGGUUGGACGUGUAAAACCCCUUCUCAUAUCAGCUGCUGGCCUAGCGACAGCCCUGCUCGUCAACGCAGUACAGGGACAGUACUUCGAUCCCAACAACGGCCCACAACUGCGCAGUAUGGUCGCCAUGAACUUCCUCUUCUCGUUCUUCUACACACCCCUCGGUAUUAUAUCCUGGGUGUACCCCGCAGAGAUCUUCCCUAUCGAGUGCCGCGCCCUUGGUAAUGCCAUCACGACAUUCACAAACUGGGUUGUGAACCUCAUCUUCGCCCAGUUCUCUCCGCAAGCAUUGAGCUCCAUAGAGUUCAAGUAUUUCUACGUCUUCUUCUGCUUCAACAUUAUCGCCUUCCUGUGUUAUUGGUUCUUCUACCCAGAGACUAAAGGCAAGACUCUGGAACAGAUGGACGAACUCUUCGGUGAUCAGCUGGUGCCGCAUGCACUGCAAGAUCCAGCAGCGGCAUCGGCGGCUAUGGAGAAGGAGGAGAAACUACACGCGGAAGUGGCUUGA